AUGGACGACGGUGCAUGGCUGGCGCUUGUGCAAGGGCCUCAUGCGCACCUCAUCAAGCAGGGUGCAGAGGCCAAGGUGUACUGUGUGGAUCUAUGGACGCGUGCACCGCAGCUAGCGCUGCCGAAUCGGGCGACGAGUGCGUGUGCACCGCAUACGGAGCGAGUGCUCAUCAAGCAUCGCUUCUUCAAGCGGUACCGCCAUCCAGCGCUCUCGAACAGUGUGACGGCAUCACGCACCGUCUCAGAGGCGCGCGCGCUCGUGCGAUGUGCGAGGCACGGCGUGCAUGUCCCGCGCCUCGUAUGUGUGGACGAGACGCGGGGCAUCCUCGGCAUGGAGUGGAUCGAGGGGCCCAGUAUCCGGCAGUGGCUGGGCGGUCUGCCUGAAGAUGGCGAGGAGGCAUCACACGCAGCUGCGCCCAGCGAAGAUAAGCAGAACAGUGCCAUGGAGAAGAUUGGCGAGCAGCUCGCGCAGAUGCACUGUGCCGACGUAAUUCACGGCGACUUGACAACGAGCAAUAUGAUGCUGCGCGGCGCCGACAUUGUGCUGAUUGAUUUUGGCCUCGCGUGCGUCUCGAGCUUUUGGGAGGACAAGGCGGUCGACUUGUACGUGCUUGAGCGUGCGUUUGCCUCGACGCAUCCAUCGUCCGAGCACCUCUUUCACCGCGUCCUCGAGGCGUAUGCGGCGCGCACCCACCGAACAUCGCCGACGGCAUGGCCAGCCAUCCAUGCGCGUCUACAAGAAGUGCGUAUGCGCGGCCGCAAGCGGAGCAUGGUCGGCUAG